CAUAUUGGUUACAGAGAAAGGUCAAGUGACAUCGGCUUCGUUAUCAAUCUCGCUGAAGUUACUGCUAUGUCAAGAAGUCAUUAAACCGUUUCAGUUCCUGAUUAGUCGAAGAAGCUUCUAACGUAUGCAAACAUUGGGAAUCAUUUUAAUAAAGUUCUAAACAAAUAUUUAUAUUUCUUUGGUGUUUGGUCACUGUUCAACGAAAUAAAUUAAAUAUAAAUUAUAAUUAUUAAGUUCUGUGAAGACAGUGCAUUCAUGGAGUUAUCUUACAUUAUCUUCUCUGUCUUUCUUGUCGUGGGAAAAUAUGAUUCAGCACCUGUUUAUUCGAACAUUAAUACUAUUUCGCCAUCUUUGUCUGCGAUAAAUUUUAUGAAGGAGUAUGGGUACUUGGAAAGUGGUACAGCUGACUCGGAUGCGUUAUAUGAGAAAAAUGCCAUAACAAACGCAGUAAAAGCUUUACAAGAAUUUGGCAAUAUCCCAGUUACUGGGCAACUGGAUAACACGACGCUUAAGUUAAUGGCAUCUCCACGAUGUGGUGUUCCUGAUAUUUUAAGGAAAAGGAAAAAUCUACAACGUAACAAGCGUUUCGUAAUAGGAUCGAAAGGUUGGAAAACGAGAAACAUCACAUACUUUAUAACUAACUGGACACCAAAGGUGGGAGAAGAAAUGAUUACAUCUGAAAUUGGAAGGACUUUGAACACAUGGAGCGGAUAUUCAAGACUUAAUUUUAAGCCGAUUCAUAGUCCAUAUCCUGAGAUUAUCACUGCUUUUAAUCGAAAAUCUCACAAUGAAGAAUUAGUGCUACAAAAUAAAAAAAAAUAAAACUUAUUAAAAUUGUCAAUCUUUUUACGUGUGUCGAUGACCUUAGAAUAACAUUCAAGUCGACCUUGCAUAAAAUUUUAUCAUCAUCUUAGUCAUCUUUUUUUAUCUUCCGUAGCGGUAGAAAUAAUUUAACUGUCCAUGCUAAUAAGAUUUAAAAGUGAAUGCAGCGAGAAAAGAAUGAUUUAAAAUUCUUUUACUUCUGAUGUCAAUAUUUUUCAAACUACAUGUUGACGACUCUAAUGAUAUUUUAUAAUUAGCAACUCGAUGAUUUUUAAAUACAAUUUAAUAUAUCAUGUAAUUAUUAAUCGUUGCAUUAUUUUUUUUUUGUAGAUUUUAAAUUAAAAAUUGUAGAUAUUAAAAUUAAAAAUCGUUACCUACUAGUAACUUCAAAAUUUUGAUUUUCUUAUGAAUGAUUUAUUAUGUAAAAUUUUAUGUUUUCGUAUGUUAUUGAAUAAAUUAUUGACGUAUA